AUGGAUGCCUCGGAAAUUCUUCGCACGAUUGCGACACUCAACACGCGAGCUGUUAGAGUGGAAAGGAUUAUCGCAAGAUACGAGAAUGACCUAGCUAAAGCGCGGCACACGCUAGCUGAUACCAGCAAGGAAUUGGACGAUACUAUAAACGUGGCUGAGCUGCUUUAUAACGUCAAUUCACGACUCGGGGCUGUGACGGACUACCUUUUGAGGGAGCAGGGAAUGGCGCUGGGGGAUGGGGAACCCAAAUCUGUCGAAGCGUUGAUCAACUCCCUACUUCAACAAACUGAAGCAGAAGAGGGGCCAAAGCCAGCGAAUAGAAGUGUAAUUGUUGCUAGGAGUGGUAGUUCUCGGCCCAUCGAUGUGGAAAGUACAAUCAUAUCUCAAUGA